AGCAAUACUAACGUAAAUCCAAUGGUGCGUCGAAGCUCCGGCUUUGUGAGCAAACAGCCACACUCCAAGUCGAGAGGCGGAUGCUUAACGUGUAAAAGGAAGAAAGUCAAGUGCGAUGAGGCGCGGCCAAAAUGUCGUUACUGCAACCAGAGAAAGUUUGAUUGCGAAUAUGUUCAUAAAUCUUCAUCGAAAACACCGGAGUCUUUAUCCAGUCACGAGGCUUCACCACAACCUCCGAGUAACGAGGUUGAUUUCUGUAUCUCUUCCUCUCAAUCCCUCAUUCCUCCAUCAAAUACAUCGAUAGGUAUCUUUACCUCACUCGACCACUACCUAAUGCAAUACUAUGAAACCUACGUCUGGCAACGCUUCGUAAUGUGGGAUGACCCGGUAGUCAAGAGCCUACACAAAGAUGUUGUUCCAAAAAUGGGUAUCUCGCAUACCUUCCUACUCUACUCGCUGCUGAGUAUUGCAGCCACACAGAGCAAUAUCCAAACUCCAAGUAAACAAGUAGAGAAGCAAGCCCUAGUGUACAGACAAAAAACCUUCGAGUCCUACAAAACCGCACUCCAACGCAUCACUCCGGAGAACUACGAAGCCGUGCUCGCAACAGGAACAUUUUUGCUUUCCCUAGUCCUGCCAUUGGCCUCUUACACAGACGACGAGUACCUGGACUGGAUAUUCUCGCUACUGAAACUCAGUGAGGGCCUGCGCGUUCUAGCCUCUCUCCGCUGGGACCAUGGUAUAGAGAAGUUAUCUGUGUAUCCACUGGUGCGAAGAGAGUCACGUAUACUGCCUCCACCACCUAUCAUUAACCCAGUUACUCAUGUACCCACUGAUCCCUUGGGCGCCACACCCAUGACUCCUAAUCCACCAUCAACAUAUACAUCCUCUCACCUUGCGGAUCAGAAUGGUCUCUUCCUGCCACCCCUUCUCACAUCACUCUUUGAAAGCACCAUGUCUUUACAAAAUGAGUCUGGGUCACAUGUCGCUACGCUUCUGUCGGCAUUCCAAGCUCUAUCUCCAAUUUUUCUCUCGCUGUAUUACUAUCAUCUCACCGAAGACUUCAGCAUUCGCAUAUCCGUCUUUCCAUCCUUCCUCACGCCAGACUUCCUUCAUCUCGUGCGGCAACGCGAACCCCGCGCUCUAGUGCUUAUAGCGUGGUGGUUUGCGCUUGCGGAUUUGGUGCCGCAGGGAUGGUGGGUUGGUGAGACGGUAAGGAGGGUUGUUGCAGCUAUUAGUCGUGAGGUUGAGCGUGGAGAUGACGAGAUGGCUAAGACGGCGGUUCGUGGCGCGGAGAGGAUUGUGCAAGUUUUUGAAUCCGAGGGUAACGAGGAGGCGGCAAAGAGUGUGUUUGAAGGGUGGAGAGGGAUGAGGUGGGAGGUGGGACCGAUGGAUUUGGCGGCGUGGGAGACUGCACGGUUGAUGCAUCUGGAGAGUCGGUUUCAUGAUAUAACAGUAUAGGAGGUAACAAAAAAGUAAGGAAAUAUACGGCUUUCGCUUGAGU